AUGGAUUGGGAUACCCUAGCUCCCAUCCUCCGGAACCACUAUGCCCCGGCGAUGCCGAUUCUCAUCUGUCGGCAUGAAUUUUACCAGAGGGAUCAGCGUGAGGGCGAGAGCAUUGGAGAGUUCGUAGCCGACCUGAGGGACCGAGGAGGCUUGUGCGGAUUCACCAAUCUAGAUGAGGCCAUGCCUAAAGUGCAACAAGAGAUUGAUGAGGCAGUGAGCACAAAUCACACUCCAAGCAUGAAAGACACAUUGAAGAUGCCUUUCACAUAUGAUGUGGUCCACAGGGCUCAAUGUUAUCGGAUUGGGAGCCUUGAGAGCUUUCCACAGGCAACAAUUUGUGAUGUAAAAUUCUAUGGUUACAAUAUUUUCAAAAUUGUCCCCUGCUGGCCUAUUUUAUUUGAGGCAAAGAAGUUCAACCCAGAUCAUUUUUUGAAUGAAAAGGGCCAGUUCAGGAAAAGAAAUGCUUUCAUGCCAUUCUCAGCAGGUAAAGAGGCCUGCCAAGGAGUGGCCCUGGCUAGGAUGGAGUUCUUCCUGUUCUUCAGCACUUUGCUCCAGAAGUUCACCUUCUAUCUGGACGGGGACACCAAAUACACAGGUGUAAGGUUUUCAGAUAACAGAUAA